UCCUACUCCCAGUACUCCAUCUUUUCCCUAUAUCUUCUCGCUAGGGUUUCUCACCAAGGAUCUCUGUACCUCAUUCUUUCUCUAAUUUCAUGCAGUGCUUUGGCUCUCAUCUCACUGUUUCGUGUUUGAUUUCCUACAAACCUCUCCUUGUCGUCGGAUUUUCUUGAUUUCCCUGUAGAUCAGAUUCUUGAACUGGGAGACUCCGUCCCGCGUGUAUUUAGGAAGAGAUUUUUGAAUUAUGACUUUCUCAUGGGCUGAUUCAGUUGAGAAUGCAGAAUCUCACGGUGCUGGGACUAGCGGUGGAAGCGGCGUUCCUGCCAAACAGGCUUAUAUACCGCCCCACCUUAGGAACAGACCACCCCCGGCUAAAAAUACACCUCCUGCACAGAGUGGUCUGUCAUUGGCCAAUGGCAGACCUGGUGUUGCAAGUGGUUCAAGGUGUUGUGAUCCGAGGUCCGGUAGUGGAGGACAGAGUUAUGGUCGUGGCGGGAGUGGCUGGGAUAGCAGAGGUGGUGGUUGGGGUAGGGAGCGCGAGGUGAACCCUUUUGGUAAUGAUGAUGUUGGUGGGGGUGAAGAGAAUGGCAUUUCACAUGAAAAUAGUGGCAUUGAUUUUGAUACGUAUGAGGAUAUUCCUGUGGAAACAAGUGGGGAUAAUGUGCCUCCUCCUGUGAAUACAUUUGCUGAAAUAGACUUGGGAGAUGCCCUUAACUUGAAUAUUAAGAGAUGCAAAUAUGUCAAGCCUACUCCUGUACAGCGCUACACGAUCCCCAUAUCUCUUGCAGGACGGGAUUUGAUGGCUUGUGCACAGACUGGAUCUGGCAAGACGGCUGCAUUUUGUUUUCCCAUCAUUAGUGGAAUCAUGAAGGGGAGUUUUCCACAGAGGCCACGCGGAGUGCGAACUGUUUUCCCACUCGCUCUAAUUCUUUCACCUACGAGGGAGCUUUCAAUGCAGAUACAUGAGGAAGCUAGGAAGUUCUCCUAUCAAACUGGUGUAAGAGUGGUUGUUGCUUAUGGUGGGGUCCCAAUAAACCAACAGCUCAAAGAGCUAGAAAGAGGAGUUGAUAUUCUUGUGGCAACUCCUGGAAGAUUAGUUGAUUUGCUUGAGAGAGGAAAAGUCUCCCUGCAGAUGAUAAGAUAUUUGGCUCUUGAUGAGGCUGAUCGUAUGUUGGAUAUGGGGUUUGAGCCCCAAAUUAGAAGAAUAGUGGAGGAAACGGAUAUGCCACCGCCCGGUGAAAGGCAGACGAUGCUUUUUAGCGCCACAUUUCCAAGGGAGAUUCAGAGACUUGCAUCCGAUUUUCUCUCGAAGUAUAUAUUUUUGACGGUUGGAAGGGUUGGUUCCAGCACUGAUUUGAUCGUUCAGAGAGUCGAACUUGUUCAAGAUAAUGAUAAGAGGAGCCAUUUGAUGGAUCUUCUUCAUGCACAGCAUGAAGAUGGUGUUAAUGGAAAGCAACCUCUAACUUUGGUAUUUGUGGAAACAAAAAGGGGAGCAGAUGCAUUGGAACAUUGGCUGAGCAUUAAUGGAUUUCCAGCAACUGCCAUUCAUGGUGAUAGAACUCAGCAGGAGAGAGCCCAAGCAUUAAGGGCAUUUAAGAGAGGGGACGCCCCUAUUUUGGUUGCGACCGACGUGGCAUCCCGCGGUCUUGACAUUCCCCACGUUGCUCAUGUCAUCAACUUUGACCUACCCAAUGACAUUGACGAUUAUGUGCACCGGAUAGGAAGGACAGGCCGAGCUGGCAACACAGGAUUAGCUACGGCUUUUUUCAACGAAGCAAACAUGUCUUUGGCCAAACCCUUGGUUGAUCUGAUGCAAGAAGCUAAGCAAGAGGCCCCUGAUUGGUUGAUUCGCUUUGCUAGUAGUUCGCAUUGGGGAGGUAGAAGCAAGCGGUACGGUGGUGGCCGGUUCGGCGGCAGUGACUUUAGAAGGGGUUCUUCGUCUGGAAACCGUGGCGGUGGAAGUAACUAUGGUGGCGGUUAUGGUGGUGGGGGAUAUGGUCCUGGGAAAAGUUCUUGGGACUAAUUUUCCCUUGGGAAUUUUAGGUUUUCUUUGCCUGUCAAUGCAAAAUGUUGGGCUUUUUCUAGUUUUGUUCAUUGAUUGUGAUCCUCUUCUUUAGGGUAUAAGUACGAUUUUGUCAUAUGCUUAGCUGAAAAACAACUAAUCUCCAGAAUUGAAUAGCAGG